AUGGUUGAUUAUAAUAAAAGUGAAAAAAAUUUUGAAAUAUUAUUUUUUAAAGUUUAUCGAAAUAAAUAUUUAAAUCAUAAAAUAUAUACACAUCUAUCACUAUUUAGAGAGUAUAGAAAAAUUGAAUUAAAUUUAGAUCCAAUAGAAAUUUUAAAGUAUAGAGAAUAUUUUAGUUAUAUACAAGAAAUAAAAUAUAAUGGAACUUUGGAGUUACCAUUAAGCAGGUUCUCAUUUCCAAUAUUAAAAACAAUUGAAAUUGGACGAUUUUCAAAAACACCACCAGAAAAUAUAUCAUAUCUUACUUCAAUAGAUCCAGCAUCAGUACCAAAUAGUGUUGAUACAAUCAUAUUUCCACUUGAUGAAGAUAUCAACGUUACUUGUUUAAGAAAUUUUCCAGAUUCUAUUAAAACAUUUAAAAAUGUUAAGUUUUUAAAUCAAAAUGAUUAUUAUAUUCCUUCAGGUGUUACAAGUUUAACAUUUAAUUCAACCAUUGGUUUUUGGAACAUCAAAGAUUUUUUCCCACCAACAUUAACUUUUCUAGACCUUGGAUUAGCUUGGGCAUAUACUAGUGUUAUAGGUAUCCUUCCACAAUCUAUGAAAACCUUGAAAGUAAGAACACAGAUAUAUGAUGAAUCAAUAUUUCCCUCAUCAUUAACAGAUUUAACAAUGUCACAAGUACCAAAAUUAAUCGGACUAUAUCCAAAAAAUUUAAAGAAAUUAUCAAUUAUUAGUACAGUUCAUAGUGAUUUGAAUUUAAACUCACUGAAUGGUUUGAAUAGUUUGGAAAUAUUAGAACUAGAUACAAAUUCACUUUUAUUAGAAAUAAACUCAGUUCCACAAUCAGUAACAAUAUUAAAUAUCAAAACAGCUUCAUUUCAUAAUUUGUAUAGAGAUAUGUUACCAAAAUCUUUAAAAUCACUAAAAAUUAAUGUUUAUGUAGACUCAUUUAGAAUUAUAUCAUUACCAGUUGGGUUGUUGGAAUUAAAUUGUAUAUCAAGUGGUUUAAAAGAUCUGGAUGUUGGUUUACUGCCAGAGAGUCUAACUUCUCUAUGUUUGGGUAAAAAAAAAAAUAAAGGAUUCAACAAACCUAUCAAAGAUGGUUACCUACCAAAUUAUUUAAAGUCGUUAGAUUUUGGAGAAUUCAAUCAACAAAUUAAUUAUCUACCUCAUUCAUUAGUGAAUUUGAAUUUUGGUGAGUUUUUUAAUAAACAAAUCAUCCCAAAUUCAUUACCAUCUAAUGUGGAAAAAAUUGUAUUCUCUCCAUUAUUUAAUCAAAAACUAUUGUUAAAUUCACUUCCUUUGAAACUGGUCCACUUGGAGUUUGGUAAUAAUUUUAAUAAUCAAAUACCUGUUGACAUUUUACCGCAAUCUUUAAAAACUUUGAUUUUUGGAAAUAGAUUCAAUCAACUAUUUUUACCUGGAUCCCUGCCUUCUUCAAUUUCAAAAUUAAUUAUUGGAAACAAAGGGUCUAUUACAGCUAGUUGCUUUAAUAAUCCCAUCAAUGAAAAUGUAUUGCCACAAACAUUAAAACAUUUUGAAUUAAAUUGUCCUCGCUAUUCUCACCCAAUUAAUGAAUCAUUUUUACCAAGUUCAUUAAGAAUUUUUAUUGUUUCAGAUAAUAUCAUAAAAAAUGAUCGUGUUUUUUAA